CAGCAUCAUGGCCUCUGACCUGGAAAGCAGCCUCACUUCCAUAGACUGGCUCCCACAGCUUACUCUAAGGGCUACUAUUGAAAAAUUAGGGGGUUCCUCACAAGCAGGACCUCCAGGGGCUGCCCGAAAGUGUCCCCCAGGCUCACCAACAGAUCCCAAUGCCACCCUGAGUAAGGACGAGGCUGCAGUGCAUCAAGAUGGGAAGCCACGUUACAGCUAUGCCACUUUGAUCACAUAUGCCAUCAACUCAUCACCUGCCAAGAAGAUGACCUUUCCCUACUACAAAAAUGCUGGUAUUGGUUGGAAGAACUCUAUUCGUCAUAACCUCUCUCUGAAUAAAUGUUUUCGGAAGGUGCCUCGACCGAGAGAUGAUCCUGGGAAGGGCUCUUAUUGGACAAUAGAUACGUGUCCAGAUAUAUCUCGCAAGAGGCGGCAUCCUCCAGAUGAUGACAUACCACAAGACUCCCCAGAGCAAGAGGCAAAUAAAAGCCCCCGAGGGGCUGUUCCAGUCAGCACAGAAGCCUCUUUGCCACCUGAGGCCACCCCUCAGCUGUCACUCCAGAGCACCACCCCUAUUGCCAACUACAGUCAGGGUGCAGGGCCUGUGGAUGUUGCCUCUACUGUAGCAGGGGGGCAGGGCCGUGAAGGGGCCGAUGUGCCACCCCCGCUGUACAGUGCCAACCAUGACUUCAAGUUCUCCUACUCUGAGAUCAACUUCCAGGAUCUUAGCUGGUCCUUCCGAAAUCUCUACAAAUCCAUGCUGGAGAAAUCAUCUUCCUCUCAGCACGGUUUCUCUUCUCUCCUUGGUGACAUGCAGCCCUCCAACCACAACUACUACAUGUACCAGCAGCAGCAGCAGCAAGGCCCCUCAUCAGUGGGUGCUGCUCCCCCACUCCACACUCCAACCCCAGAGGGUUGCCCAUCCCAAGGGGGAAAGCAGCAGGGUGGUGAAGGUUAUGGCCCUCCACCAGUGAUGUCCAUGCACCCACCUCCAAUGCAGCAUGGAGGCUACCACCAGCAUCAACAACAUCACCCGCACUCCCACCCACAGCAGCAGCCACAUCAGCACCAGCAGCAGCAGCAGCAGUCACAGGCUUCAAUCAACAAUGCUGGCUUUGCAUUUCCCCCUGAUUGGUGCUCCAACAUCGAUUCCCUGAAGGAAAGCUUCAAGAUGGUAAACCGGCUGAACUGGUCUAGCAUUGAACACUCCCAAUUCUCAGAGCUUAUGGAGAGUCUGCGCCAGGCUGAGCGGAAGAACUGGACGCUGGAUCAACACCAUAUUGCCAACCUCUGUGACUCCCUUAAUCACUUCCUUACCCAGACUGGUCAGCUCCCUCAUCUGGUUGGCCCACAGCAGCCCCCCCGAAUCUCUGAUUCUUGUGCCCUGAACAGUGGCAAACAGGAGCAAUCCAUGAACCAAGUGAACUCCUAUGGUCAGCCCCAGCCUCCCCAUCUUUUCUCCGGGCCAUCUCCUAUGUACCAGAUUUCCACCCAGGACUCUCCAGGAUAUAAUCGCCCAGCUCACCAUCUGGUCCCUCGGCCUCCAGGGCCUCCUCCAGGCGCCAAUGAGGAAAUCCCCGAUGAUUUCGACUGGGACUUGAUCACCUAGCGAGUUACAGACUUGAUAGCCCGUCCUUUGUGAAGGACGCGGGAGGGCAGGGGGAUAUGGGGUGAAUGGUGCCAGCACCACCCUCCCCAGCCUCCCUGCCUUGCCUGUAUAUAGAUAUAUAUUCUCUAUCUCCGCCAGAGAAGCCACCGCAAGAUGCUGCCGAAGAUAAUCCUUCCUUGCGUC